AUGUUCAAGUUGAUAGAACAAUUACUGUCUCCAUCAAAGGGUAGUAAUUGUAGAGACAAGGAUAAAGAUAGAGAUAAAGAUGAACCUCCUAUACAAUCACCUUUUCCAACUCCAAAUAAUACUUCAUCACCAUCUACUCCCUCUUCGUCAUCAACACCUUCAUCAGUAAACUAUUCACCAACAACACCAUCAUCACCCAAACAUACAGCUACUAGCAAUAAUAAUACUAAUAAUAAUAAUAAUAACUUUAUUCUUAAUGGAAAUGAAUCAUCACAAAUUGAUAGUAAUGGAAUAUCACCAUAUGGACAUAAUAUAUUUCAGUAUAGAUGUGAAGUUCCAAUUGAUAAUGUUAUCAAAAUAUUGGUAUUGGGAGGAUUUCAAGUUGGUAAAACAAGUUUAAUUAGAAGAUAUUUACAAGAUAUAUUUACAAAUCAGUAUAUUCAAACGAUUGGAGUUGAUUUGAAUACAAUGAUUUUACAAGCUGUUAAUCCACCUCCUUUGAUUCCAUCAUCUGGAUCAUCUGUUCAAUCCUCAUCAUCAUCAUCAUCAACAACACCUCCAACAUCUCAACAACAACAACAACAAGGCCAAGACCAAAUUCAACAAUACAAUAAUCAAAUCAACUUUAUCGUUCAGUUUUGGGAUAUUGCAUAUCCAGAGAUCAAGGGAAAGAAUCUGACACAAUUGCUCAGUGGUACUAGUGGCGUUAUUUUGGUAUUUGAUUCAACCAAUGCAUCUAGUAUUGUCGCAAUGGAUGAAUGUAGAGCCAUCUUGAAAAAAUAUGGUAUCAAUAACAACAAUAAUAGCCAUAAUGGUCUACAACAAAUUCCAAUUGCCAUCUUUGCAAACAAAUCAGAUUCUGGUGAUCCUGUAAUUAAUAUUCAAGAUUUAGAUAAUUAUUGUAAAUCAAGUGGAUUUAAUUUAUGUAGAUUUACAUCAACUAGAAAAGAUGUUGGAGUUAAAGAUGGAAUUGAUAAAAUAUUGGAAUUGGUAUUAGAUAUAAAGAAACAAGAAAUUGAAGAACAACAACGUCACAGAGCUAAAAUCAUUCUAAAACAACAGAAUCCUCAUCAUAAUCACAAUCACCAUCAUCAUAAUCAUAAACAUAAAUUAAAAUCAAGAGAAAAGAUAAACAACAAUGGUAAUGGUAAUGGUCAACCAGUACCUAUAAUAUCACAAUCUUUACCAAACAUGAUAAUUAAUAAUAAUAAUAAUUCACCAAGAAAACCAAUAGAGCAACAACAAAAGAAUAAUGAAAAUAAUAAUAGUAAUAGUAAUAAUAAUGUAAUUUUAACAAUUGAAAAACAAGAAGAACAACAAAGAAUAGAUAUAUUAAAGAUUAAUGAAUUACAAACAUUUGCAACUGAAAACUAUGUAAAUCGAUUUGGAAAAUCAUUGGAAGAGUUGUUGCAAAAGACGAUUGGAGCAAGAUACAAUGAUAUAUCAAUGUUGGAGAAACAACGUAAUCAAGAGUAUAUCAAGAUAUGCAAUAGUCUAAAGAAACUCUUGCAAUCUCCUCACCAACAACACAUUAGAUCACAUGUAGGUGGUCUACGAAUCAUUGUCACUCGUGAAAUGAUUCAAAGUACUUUGGAAGAGAAUGUCAAAAAGUGGACUAGACUAAUUGAUAAUUUAAUGUUGGAAAUGUCUUUGGAUCAUCCUUCAACCACUACAACAACGAAUACCAACAACACUACAUCUAGUUCAUCAAACAAACAAUCAUCGAGUAAAUCAAAUAGAUCAACUAUCAAUUCAAGUACUGAUAGUAAUAUCUCAACUUGUUCUUCAACAUCAUCAUCUUCUUUAUCAACCAACUCAUCAGAAAAAUCUACAACGACACCAACAAUGUUAUUUAAUCACGACAAUAAUAAUAAUAGUAAUAGUAAUAAUAAUCCUGUAUAUAAAUCAAAUAAUACAUCCAUUUCUUUAUCUGUAUCUUAUCAUCCUUCUUCGACCAAUAUGAAUAAUAACAGUAAUAGUAGUAACAGUAAUAGUAAUAAUCAUAAUCACCAUAGUUCAUCCAAACAUCAUCACCAUCACCAUCAUCAUCAUAGUAAUCGACAUGGUGGUAAUUGGAAGAUGGGAUUUGGAUUUAGAAAUAAUGCCAAAUCAUCUGGUAUUGCAUUCAACAAUGGAAAUUAUAGUUCUGUUGAUACUGAUAAUCCAGUUUCAUCAUCAUCUACUAUAUCUUCAUCUUCUUCGUCAUCUUCUCUCAUGUCAUCAUCGUCUGCAUCGUCCUCUCCCAUUGCAUCACCUUCGACCUCACCAAUCAACCAUCCCUCCCCAUCCAUACUUCCAUCGUCUUACAAUCUCACCUUUCAUAUUCCACCCAAUGUACAAUUAUCUAGUCCUCCACUUAUACUAACUCACCCAGAUCUGAUGCAUCACUCCAGUCCAACAAACUAG